CUCCAUUCUUCUCCCUGGGGUUGACAUUCCAGGCAAGAGAAUGGGUCAGUGUUUAAGUCACUCCAUGAAGAAAAAGGACCUGGAAGAAUAUCAGGUGAGCAGAGGGACAAAGAAUCCCCAAACCCUCCUGUUGGUGGCUUAGGGCCCUCGUAUCUACAGGACCGCCUCUCCUGGUCUGCCCCACAGAGGACCUUAAGGUCCAUGAAUAAUCAUAGUUGAGAGGUCCCUCAUAUUUGUGGGACUGCCUCUCCUGGUGUGCCCUGCAGAGGACCUUUGGUGUUGUUGAGUCAUUUAGUCGUGUCCGCCUCUUUGUGACCCCCCUGGACCAGGGCACACCAGGCACUCCUGUCUUCCACUGCCUCCCGCAGUUGGGUCAAACUCAUGCUGGUAGCUUCGAAAACACUGUCCCACCAUCUCGUUCUCUGUCGUCCCCUUCUCCUUGUGCCCUCCAUCUUUCCCAGCAUCAGGGUCUUUUCCAGAGAGUCUUCUCUUCUCAUAAGGUGGCCAAAGUCUUGGAGCCUCAGCUUCAGGAUCUGUCCUUCCAGUGAGCACUCAGGGCUGGUUUCCUUAAGAAUGGAUCGGUUUGAUCUUCUUGCAGUCCAUGGGACUCUCUCUUUUUUCUUUUUAAACGAUAUUUAUUAAGAAUUUUAAAAUUACAAGAAAAACAAAAAGAAAAAGAAAGAGAAAAAAUAAAAGAAAAACAAACCACAAUCAAGCAAUACAAAUUGAUAAAAACCAAAAUCAAAAAGUAACAACAAAACACGUAACACAAGACAAUCAAAAAGCAAAAAUAAACCACAAAAAUUUAAAAACAAAUCCAAUAUUCCAAAAUCCUUAACUGUCAUUGCCUUAUUUCAUCGACCUCCUCACUCCUCCCCUUUUUGUAUCCUAGUUGUUAAUUAUCACAGCAAAUCCUUUCCAUUUUUCAUAAUAUUCUGUCAUUAAAUUACCUUAAUCUAUUUUAACCUUAUCUUACUAUAAAAGACCCUAAAACUUAAAACUUAGAUCUUAUUUAUACCAGUUUCUCAUAACCAUAACAUAUUCUUACAUAAUUCUUUUAACAUUUUUGCUAAAGCCAAAUGAUUUCGUUCCAACAUUUUUCUAACAUUCAACAAUUUUAUAAAACAAUCCUAAUAUUUUUUUUUUUAAAAAAAAACUUUCUUCCAAUCUUCAUCCAGCAUCCCUUCCUCCUGGUCCCGGGUUUUGUCAGUCCUUUCUAUCCCAUCAAUCUAGCUCAUUAACCUGGUAAUCUUAUGUCCGAGGCCCUUAAGUCUCUUCCAUGUCCCUUCCGCAGCUCUUCUUCAUAUUUAUACCUGUACUUUACUUUGUCUCCUGCUCCUUUCACUCGUGGAAACUCCAGCUUGACAGUGUUUUUGACCCUUCUCGACAAAUCAGCCCCUUUUCCAUAGUCCACACUAAACUCCAUGUGGUAUUUAAAAACAUGUUUCAAAAUCCCUCCAGAAUUAAGAGCCCCCACAACCCCAAACAUCUCACAGCCCAUUGCCAGACUUGGAAAGUCAAAACAUCCCUGCAUAGGGGGGUCUAUCCAACCCCCCGUUUCCAAACCAAACAAAACUCUAUCUCUCCAAGCCUGGCUUUUUCCAAGUUCAUUUGUCAAAUCCAACAACUCAUGUUCCUGCUGGGCCACAGCUCCCUCCAUCUCUGGCACCCAAGGUCCAGCAACAUCCUCUUCCCUCAUCUGAUCUGUCAGAGCACACUCCUGAUUUGAUUCCUGGGUGGGUUCUAUAUAGUUACCCACUACCUGUCCAAAAUUUCUGAUCGCAACAGUCAUCAAGUCCGUCUUCUCAUGUAACUGUUCCAAUAGGGCACUUGUUUUGCAGAAAGCACGCACCAGAGCUUCUGAAUACAUUGUUAUACAAGGUCAGAAGUCUGUUCCCACGAUCGUAAUCUGUUGCAGCUGCAGAGCUCCCCGAUUUAGAUUUAGUAACAGUUUCACAGGCUCCGUCUAGGGGAAGAACUUCUAUUUGAUCUUUUCUUUUAAAAGUAGAUCUAGCAACAAAGUUUCCUUUUUCAGAUAUUUUGUCAAUAUUUGUUCCUUUAAAAUGCGAAGGAGAACGAUGGAAUCACUAUGUUUCUCUUCUUUUAACUGUCUGUCAAAGACGUUUGUCUAUGGUCAAUGAACUUCCCAAAGAACGUAAGUCCUGACACCCCGCUCCCAGGUCCGAGACGGUGGAAAAUUACUUUUCUUUACACUCUCUUCUGCAGGUUUAACCAGUCCGGAAAAAAUCCCCCCUCUUCUCCUGCUUCCGAAGGGGGUUCAACAAUUUUAAAUGAUGAAAGUUAAUCCUUUACAAACGAUUUUCUGAACUCUAGUUUGCCAUGUCUUUGCUUUAAUCUAUCUACAAGAAACGGAAGGCUGACUUCCUGUUUAGACCUUCCCGUUUCAGUGUCAAAUUGAGAAGAAUUUCUUAGUCCAAUUUUCCUUUCUACUCGCAGGUCAUUAUUUAAAGUCCAAUUGUUCGAAAUUGAGCUACUCACGGGUAAUUGUUUUAAAAGCCAAAUUGUCCCAGGAAAAAGGCAGCGCUCUCCGGCAACGGCUAUGCGGCUUCGCUCCACGGAAGAAGCAGUUGACUCUCAGCACCGCGCCACUUGCCCCUCUUCGCUCCGGAGCCCGUAACUGGGUUCCUUUACGAGUUGGGGGGGCGCGAAAGGUGCCCGCCGAGUCGCAGUCCAUGGGACUUUCAAGUGUCUCCCCCAGCACCAUAAUUCAAAAGCAUCCAUUCUUCGGCGAUCAGCCUUCUUUAUGGACCAGCUCUCACUUCCAUACAUCACUACUGGGAAAAUCAGAGCUUUAACCAUAUGGACCGCCUCUCCUGGUUUGCCCUGCAGAGGACCUUAAGGUCCAUGAAUAAUCAUAGUUUAUAGGUCCUGGGCUCUAAGGAAGUCAGACUAUCCUCCACCAGGGCCAGGGCCUUCUCAGUGAUGGCUCCGACCUGGUGGAACACUCUGUCCCAUGAGACCAGGGCCCUGCAGGAUUUAACCUCCUUCCACAAGGCCUGUAAGACAAAGCUAUUCUGCCUGGCUUUUAAUUUGAAUUCAGCCUGAUCUUUUAUUUCCCUUCUCUUCUCUUCCCUCCCCCUCCCCUUUUAUGAAGAUCACCCGCUCUGAGACGCCACAGCUAAUUCUCCCCUGGUCUCCUCGCUGGCCCAAGUAGGACUAAUUCAGCCAGCUAGCCCUGGGGAUUAUCUAAUGCUUAUUUCCCCUAACUUGAUUUUUGAAUUUUAUUGUUAUUCAUGUUUUUAUUCUGUAUUUUAUGCUGUUUUUAUAAUUAAGUGUUUUAAAUUUGUUGUUAGCCACCCUGAGCCCGGUUUUUGAACCGGGAAGGGUGGGGUAUAAAAAUAAAUUAUUAUUAUUAUUACUUAUUAUUGUCACUUGUCCCAGACAGAUAUUUGGUGUUGUCCGUGAAGCAAAACAACACCCCUGUGGUCUGCGUUGUUAUAUUUGAUCCGCUAUCAUAUUUGUAUACAUGGCUCCCUUCCUCUCCAGUUUAUCCUCACAACGAUCCUGUGAGGACGAAAGAGGCAGUGACUGGCCCUAUGAGCUUCCUGUUUGAAUGGGGACAUGCACCCUGGUCUCCCAGGUCUCUAACUGCUAUGCCACACUGCUUAUGCCGGCCACGAUCCUGGCCAAAAGCAAAGGAUCGCACCCUAUGUCUGGCAGGAUAGGUCCUGUCUGUGAGUGUGGGUCACAUCCAGGCCUUUGAGCAACCUUCCCCAAGAUGGUGCCCUCCAGGCAUUUCGGACCACCACUCCCAUCAGUGGUGUGGCAUAGUGGUUAGAGACUGUGAUCGGAUGGGAGUGAGUGGUGGUCAUAGCUGUCAAUUUACAGAUUUGAAAAUAAGGGACCAGCAGCCUCGAAAAUAAGGGAUCAGCAGCCAAAAUAAGGGAUUUUCCGGGCACAGGUAUGUUCGACUUCUGAGCCCCUCCGAGCCAAAGGCAGAAAGCCCAUCCAGCAGCCAAACAAAGCCUCAAGUGGUGGUUCCCACAGCGCAGCAACCCGGCAAAGGGGAUGCAGCAAGGAAAACCACCGUCUCCUCUCCGCUGGGAAGCGCUGAGCAAAGGCGAGUCCCCAGGCAACGCAGCCGAUUUGAUCGGCACAAGGCAUGCAAGCUCCACCCCCCAGUCGUUCUUAGACUCCUUAUUGGGUGAGCAAUGCAGCCUAGCAACACAGUUGGAGCCUCCCUCCUCCCUGGCCGGCAGGGAGGGAGGGAGAGGAGCUGCUUCCUUUGAAACCCGGGAAAUUUAAGGGACAUCAUCAGUAAGGGACAGCAGCGGGACACGGCGCUGGGAUAAGGGACUUUCCCGCCAAAUAAGGGACGGUUGACAGCUAUGGUGGUGGUCCAUAAAUGUCUGAUUUAUGGGGACAGCUGACUGCCAUCCCCAUGGCAACAGCAACAUGGAUGUUUUCUUGCUUUCCUUGACACCUUGCGGAAGAUGUGCACGCUACCUUGCACCACCUGACUUUUCGCUCACUCUUCAACAGAGACCCUUCAAGUCCCUCCAAGCAAUAUCUACAGAUCUUGCUUGUUGGUGCUUUAGUUGAGAUUCCUGCAUUUGCAGCAGGUUGGACUAGAUGAUCCUGUGGGUUCCUCCACAGUUCAAUGAUUCUAUUUUAACUCCCCUGAAAAAUGUUCGGGAGUAUUGAUCUCAGAAAAGCCCCUAAAUUAGUCUCACAUUUGUCUUGGGGGUGGGGAAUGAGGCAGUUUCCACCAAUUAAUCACCUUAGCUGAUUAGUCAGCUGCCUUAAUUGGUUAAUUCAUUGCCUGUGUGUAAUUAAGCUUGCAGGCUGUGAAAACUUCAGUGUAGGCUCCCUUCUGAGAUAUUCAAGGAAGUGUGAAUUGAUGUACUGGCCAAUAAACCAAAGCUAUCACUCAGAGUUGGAAAGAAAGCACUGUCUAGUAUUUCCUUUCUCAUUCUUUAACACAGAAAAAAAAACCACCAGGACAUAGCAGCCUUAAAAAUAUUAAAAGCAAAGGUAAGCCAUCCUGGUCCAAAUUUAAAACAAUUCCAAAAUCCACUGCAGGGUAAUGCAGUUAUUGUCAUUUUGGUUGAUCCCAAUGCAAGCCAUGACUCAAUUCUGGAGUUUUAAACAUUGCAUUUUAUCUCAGCUCUGCAACCAUUGGGAAUUUUUUUUUACACUAGAUAUUCAUCAUUCUCGAAUGAAGAAAGUUUGCAGCAUUUGAGACUUUAGAGAAAAGGCGAGUAAGAAGGAGACAUGAUAGAAGUUCAUAAAAUUAGGCAUGGCAUGGAGGGAGUGGAUAGAUAAAAAAUUCUCCCAUAGCACUUGGAACUUGUAGACACUCAGUGAAGCUGAAUGUUGAAAGGUUCAGGACAGAUACAGUCGUACCUUGGUUCCUGAACGCUGCAAACCCGGAAGUGUCUGUUCCGGUUUGCGAACGUUCUUUGGAACCCGAACGUCCGACGGGGCUUCUGAUUGGCUGCAGGAGCUUCCUGCAGCCAGUCAGAAGACGUGCUUUGGUUUCCAAAUGUUUUGGAAGUGAGCGGACUUCCAGAACGGAUUCUGUUUGACUUCCAAGGUACGACUGUAAAAGGAAGGACUUAUUCAUGGCAUGUGGAGUUAAAUGAUGGAGCUUGCUGCCACUGGAGGCGGGGAUGACCACCAACCUAGAUGGUAAUAAUACUAAUACUAAUACUAAUACUAAUACUAAUACUAAUGAUACUACAGUGGUACCUUGGGUUACAUACGCUUCAGGUUACAGACUCCGCUAACUCAGAAAUAGUACCUCGGGUUAAGAACUUUGCUUCAGGAUGAGAACAGAAAUCGUGCUCCGGCGUUGCGGCGGCAGCGGGAGGCCUCAUUAGCUAAAGUGAUGCUUCAGGUUAAGAACAGUUUCAGGUUAAGAACGGACCUCUGGAAUGAAUUAAGUACUUAACACGAGGUACCACUGUAAUAAUAUUUAUACCACUCCCAUCUAGCUGGGUUUCCCCAGCCACCCUGGGCAGCUCCCAACGAUUAUUAAAAACACAUUAAACCGACAAACAUUAAAAACUUCCCUAUAGCUUCAGAUGUCUUCUAAAAGUCAGGUAGUUGUUUAUUUCCUUGACAUCUGGUGGGAGGGCGUUCCACAGAGCGGGCGCCACCACCAAGAAGGCCCUCUGCCUGGUUCCCUGUAAUCUCACUUCUCGCAAUGAGGGAACUGCCAGAAAGCCCUCAGAGCUGGACCUUAGUGUCCAGGCAGAACGAUGGGGGUGGAGAUGACUACUAGCCACGAUGUCUAAGCCCUGGAUCCACAGCUGAAGGCAGCAAUGCUUUGAAAUCCCACCCACUCUGAAGACUUCGGCAGGUAUCCCAUCAGGUCCUCUGGCUUGGUUGUUUUUCAUUUGGUUAAUAGCUGUACACAACUCUCAUUGUUAAAACUGGCCUAGGACCCUCGUACCUACAGGACCGCCUCUCCUGGUAUGUCCCACGGAUGACCUUACAGUCUUCAAACAAAAACAUCUUGGAGGUCCCGGGCCACAGAGAGGUUAGGCUGGCCUCAACCAGAGCCAGGGCUUUUUCGGCUGUGGCCCCGAUCUGGUGGAAUGCUCUGUCCCAAGAGACUAGGGCCCUGCGGGACUUGACAUCUUUCCGCAGAGCCUGCAAGACAGAGCUGCUCCACCAGGCCUUUGACAAUCCUCACAGAACUCUAGCCGAAUGGUUGCCAUUAAUUUGAUUUUGAAUUGAUUUUAGAAUGAAUUGAUUUUAGAAUGCUGUGUCACUUUUAUUGUUGUUAGCCGCUCUGAGCCCGGCUUCGGCUGGGGAGGGCGGGAUAUAAAUAAAUUAUUAUUAUUAUUAUUAUUAUUACUACUACUAUUAUGAAAGACAGUCUUACUGGGCUACAAGUGAUUGCCAAAGAAGAAGAGGAGGAGGAGGAGGAGGAGGAGGAGGAGGAGGAGGAGGAGGAGGAAGCUGCUUCUAAAUAUAGUGGUACCUCAGGUUAAGUACUUAAUUUGUUCUGGAGGUCCGUACUUAACCUGAAACUGUUCUUAACCUGAAGCACCACUUUAGCUAAUGGGGCCUCCUGCUGCUGCUGCACUGCCGGAGCAAGAUUUCUGUUCUCAUCCUGAAGCAAAGUUCUUAACCUGAAGCACUAUUUCUGGGUUAGUGGAGUCUGUAACCUGAAGCGUAUGUAACCUGAGGUACCACUGUACCUGUAGCUAGAAAUCACUGAAGAGGAGGGUGCUCUUAUGCUCGAAUCCUGCUUUUGGGUUUCCCAUUGAGGGAUGCGGCUGGCCAUUGUGAGAACAGAAUUCUCUUGUCACCUUCUUAUGUUCUUGCGAUGUGGAUUUUAUAACAUGAGCUGGGUGCUCAUGUAAAGACAUGAACAGUAUUUUCUGCUCCUUCAGUAUUUCUGCACCUACUGUACAAUUCCUAAUAAAAAGUCCAAUAUAUGGUUCAUGGUGUUGCAUUAUCUCUCCCGCAGGUGCUGACAUUUCUUACCAAGGGGGAGAUCCUACGGUGAGUGCAUCUCUGUUUUGGCUCCUAGCUGCUCUCCGGUCCUGCUAUUUAUGUACAGGCAUCUUGAGUUCACCCCAUACAUUUAAACAGUGAUGACUUUCCCCAAAGAAUCCCGAGAAUUGUAGUUUGUUAAGGGUACUGAGAGUUGUUAAAAAGGUAAAGGACCCCUGACUGUUAAGUCCAGUCGCAAACGAUUCUGAGGUUGCAGCACUCAUCUCGCUUUAUUGGCCGAGGGAGCCGGCGUACAGCUUCCGGGUCAUGUGGCCAGCAGGACUAAGCCACUUCUGGUGAACCAGAGCAGCGCAUAGAAACACCGUUUACCUUCCCGCCGGAGCGGUACCUAUUUAUCUACUUGCACUUUGACGUGCUUUUGAACUGCUAGGUUGGCAGGAGCUGGGACCGAGCAACGGGAGCUCACCCCGUCACGGGGAUUCGAACCGCCGACCUUCUGAUCGGCAGGUACUAGGCUCUGUGGUUUAACCCACAGCGCCACCCGCGACCCUUAUCCCUCUUGCAGAGCUUUUUUUAAAAAUACUAAUUUUUAUUUGGUUUUACAAAUUAAUGUUUACAUUCCAAAUCACAAAUAAAAACAGACACACAAGAUUCUCUUGAAUCUUUUGACUUCCCUCCACCACUCCAUGGGUUCAGUACUUGUCCUUUUUUAUAUGUCACUCCAAUUAUUUGAUUGUCCAUUAUAUCCAAAGUCCUUGUUACAUUACAAGUGUUAUUUGAGUCCUCCUAAAAAGUGGGCUUCCCAGAGGCAUCCGGUUGGGCCACUGUGAGAACAGGAUGCUAUAUUAGAUGGGCAACUGGCCUGAUCCAACAGGCUCUUCUUAAGCUAUUAUGGUACAGUGGUACCUUGGUUCUGGAAGUCCGUUCCAAAACCAAAGCGUUCCAAAACCAAGGCGUGCUUUCCCAUAGAAAGUAAGGCACAAUGGAUUAAUCCUUUCCAUUUUAAAACAACCCCUCAAACAGCAAUGCAACAUGAAUUUUACAAUCUAACGAGACCAUUGAUCCAUAAAAUGAAAGCGAUAAACAGUGUACUGCAGUCACACCAUCAAUCAAUCAAUCAAUCAGUAGCAGAACUGGGUUCCACACAGUCACAAAAAGAGCUGCAAAAACAAAAACGCAAAAUAAAUAUCAAAUAACAAUCAAAGCAGAAGUGUAGCACUCAAAUUGGAAGUGCAACACUAAAAAUGGAGCACAUUCAGCUUCUGAAAAAAGCUCACAAACCGGAACACUUACUUCUGGGUUUGCAGUGUUUUGGUUCCAAGUUGUUUGAGAACCAAGGUACCACUGUAUUUUCUUAAGGAGCCUUGAUGGUGCAAGCCCAGCCCAGCCAACAGCCUGCCCUUUUCCUUCGCUUUCAGAAUCUAUGAUGCUUUCUGCAGUGACUGCCCUCAAGGAAAGGACUAUAGACAGGAGAAACUCACCUCAGAUCAGGUCUCCACCUGGCCCCAGCUGAAGGUAAGCCUGCCAGCGAGAUGGGAGUGUGACCUUCCCAGAGUGGUGUAGUGGUUAAGAGCGGUGGACUCGUAAUCUGGUGAACCGGGUUCGCUUCCCUGCUCCUCCACCUGCAGCUACUGGGUGACCUUGGGCCAGUCACACUUCUCUGAAGUCUCUCAGCCCCACUCACCCCACAGAGUGUUUGUUGUGGGGCAGGAAGGGAAAGGAGAAUGUUAGCCGCUUUGAGACUCCUUAGGGUAGUGAUAAAGCGGGAUAUCAAAUCAGAUGUCAAGGAAAUAAACAAUUAUCGUAUUUUUCGCACCGGCCCAUAGGACGCACCUAGUUUUUUGGGGGGGAAAUAAAGAAAAAAAAAUUAUUUCCCCUCCCCCCAGGUGCGGGGCUGGGGCGGGGGAAGCCCGAGCUUCCCCCGACCCCAGCCCCCAGAACAGGCUGCUAUCCCACGUAGAGCUAGCGUAGAGCUGCGCGAAGCCCGAAGCUUGGGGCGUGCUGAGCUCAGCGAGCCCCAAGCUUCUGGGUGCUGGCAAGCUCUCCGCUAGCCGUGGGAGAGCUGCGUCUCCCACGGCUAGUGGAUAGCUUCCUGAAGCCUGGAGAGCGAGAGGAGUCGAUGCGCACAGACCCCCCUCGCUCUCCAGGCUUCAGCCUCAUUUUUGGAGGGGAAAAUGUGCGUCCUAAAGGGCGAAAAAUACGGUACCUGACAUUUAGAAGACAUCUGAAGGCAGCCCUGUUCAGGGAAGUUUUUAAUGUGUGACAUUUUAAUGUAUUUUUAAUCUUUGUUGGAAGCCACCCAGAGUGGUGGGGAAACCCAGCCAGAUGGGCGGGGUACAAAUAAUAAAUUAUAAUAAUAUUAUUAUUAUUGAAUCCCAGACAUUAUGCAAUGUUUGCAUUGGUUACAAAGCCUUUUCACUUGCUGCCUCCCAACCCAAGCGCUCAUGUACAAACUCCAACUUCCUUCAAAAAUCCAACACUUUUAAUUAACUUGAAGCUCCCAGCCAUCCUGGGGUGACUGCACAAAUAAGAAGGAGCCUGUGCCUUCUUCUUAACAAACUCUCACUUCAUUACUUUCUCCUCGGUGCACAGAGCAGCCCCGGAAGGCAAUUUGGGGAUGGGGCAGGUCUGCUAAGCAAACCUUUCCAUUCAUUUGCCCAUCCUCUGAGUUGGGACCUGGCAUUUGCCUGCCCUGCUACAAACUGACCUCUUCGUGGAUUCUCUUUAAGUUGCAAUGCACUCCUCGGAUGUUUAAGCAUAUCAAAAUAAGCUCUGAAAGGUGUACUUUUCAGAGGAAAAUAUAUCUAGAAACGUGUCAGAAAAAUAAAAAUUUUUUAAAAAGCUUUCAGAAUGCAGAUUUAAAUGCAGAUUUUUCAAAACUGAUCGUUGCAGGUAAUAAUAAUAAUAAUAAUAAUAAUAAUAAUAAUAAUAAUAAUAUUUAUACCCCGUCCAUCUGGCUGGGUUUCCCCACCACUCUGGGCGGCUCCCAACAGAAUAUUAAAAGCACAAUAAAACAUCAAACAUAAAAAACUUCCCGAAACAGGGCUGCAUUCAGAUAUCUUCUAAAAGUCAGGUAGUUGUUUACAGUGGUACUUCGGGUUACAUAUGCUUCAGGUUACAUAUGCUUCAGGUUGCAGACUCCGCUAACCCAGAAAUAGUACCUCGGGUUGAGAACUUUGCUUCCACUGUAUUUCCUUGACAUCUGGUGAGAGAGCGUUCCACAGGGCAGGUGGCACCACUGAGAAGGCCCUCUGCCUGGUUCCAUGUAACUUGGCUUCUCGCAGUGAGGGAACUGCCAGAGGGCCCUUGGCACUGGACCUCAGGGUCCGGGCUGAAUGAUGGGGGUGGAGACGCUCCUUCAGGGAUACUGGGCCAAGGCUUUUUGGGGCUUUCAAGGUUAGCACCAAGACUUUGAAUUGUGCUCGGAAACGUCCUGGGAGCCAGUGUAGGUCUUUCAGGACCGGUGUUAUAUGGUCUUGGCGGCUGCUCCCAGUCACCAGUCUUGCUGCCGCAUUCUGGAUUAGUUGUAGUUUCCGGGUCACCUUCCAAGGUAGCCCCACAUAGAGCGCAUUGCAGUAGUCCUAGCAGGCGAUAACCAGAGCAUGCACCACUCUGGCCAGACAGUCGGUGACACUGAUGGGAGGAAGAUACCAAGUGGCGGCAGCUCUGCCACUCAAACACCACGACUGGUUUACCUCAGUGGCGUUUGAUUGGCAGAGCCGCUGCCACUUGGCCUCUUCCUUCUGCCGCCAUUGUCUUGGCUUUGCGGCUAGUUGCAGCUUCACGGUGUGGGCCGGAUUUAGGACCCAGGUGGGCCUGAUCCGGCCCGGGGACCGUAGCUUGCUGACCCCUGGAAUAGAAUCAUAAAACUGUAGAGUUGGAAGGGACCCAAAUGGUCUUUAUUAUUAUUUAUUAUAUUUAUUGAAUUUAUUUACCGCCCUAUACCCAGAGGUACAAUCAAAAUCACAAUACAUAACAUCAAAAAUGAAAAUAAUCCAAGGGUAUAAGAUGUUGAUCGGUCAAACAAAGGCCUGGUUAAAAAGGAACGUUUUUGCCUGGCGCCCAAAGGUGUAUAAUGAAGGUGCCAGGUGAAUUUCCCUGGGGAGAGCAUUCCGGGGAGCCACUGCAGAGAAGGCCCUGCUCUCGUGUUGCCACCCUUCAGACCUCUCGAGGAGGAGGCACGCGAAGGAGGGCCUCAGAAGAUGAUCUCAGGGUCUGGGUAGAUUCAUAUGGCAAGAGGUGGUCCUUGAGGUAUUGGGGUUCUGAGCCAUUUAAGGCUUUAUAGGUCAAAACCAUCACUUUGAAUUGGACCUGGAAACUAAUCGGUAGCCAGUGCAGUUGGACCAGGAUCUGUGUCAUAUGCUCAAACUGUCUUGCUCCGCUGAGCAAUCUAGCUGUUGAAUUUUGCACCAGCUGAAGUUUCUAGUCGACCCCUUGCAAUGCAGUAGGUGGUUGUUCUGUCCCAGUCCCAUGGGGUUCUAGCCCAAAAAGGACAUCCUAGGCAAGGGAUUUGGUUCAACAUGACAAGCCAGGCAAGGAAAGCAAAGUCUCCAGAAACUUUUCUGCAGCAUCAGGAAAUGCAGGUGAACCUCUGCUAGGAUACAACACUCUCCCCCCUAAAAAAAUAAUGUUGUUCUUGUUUAGUUGUUUAGUUGUGUCUGACUCUUCGUGGCCCCCUGGACCAGAGCAUGCCAGGCCCUCCUGUCUUCCACUGUUUGGUCAAACUCGUGCUGGUAGCUUCGAGAACACUAUCCAACCAUCUCAUCCUCUGUCGUCCCCUUCUCCUUGUGCCCUCCAUCUUUCCCAACAUCAGGGUCUUUUCAGGAGUCUUCUCUUCUCAUGAGGUGGCCAAAUUAUUGGAGCCUCAGCUUCAGGAUCUGUCCUUCCAGUGAGCACUCAGGGCUGAUUUCCUUCAGAAUGGAGAGGUUGGAUUUUCUUGCAGUCCAUGGGACUCUCCAGAGUCUCCUCCAGCACCAGAAUUCAAAAGCAUCCAUUCUUCGGCGAUCAGCCUUCUUUAUGGUCCAGCUCUCACUUCCAUACAUCACUACUGGGAAAACCAGAGCUUGAACUAUACGGACCUUUGUUGGCGAAAUAAUAUCUUUGCAUUUAAGGCAAGACUCCCCCCUGCAAGACAAUAGCGGAGACGGCCACAAAGGCAGCGAGUGCUAAUUGCGCCUCCUGAUCCACAACUCAGGCCUGUUUCACCAGAGCCCAUGCAAGUCAUGUUUAAAGAUUCAGGCACUGCGGGGUUUAAUUAAAACCCGGGAAAUAAAUAUAUUUAGCCACACUGUCAAUUUGGAUUACAGCGAGCAUGUUUACAUUUUUUUGCACAUUUAAUUAACGCUAUUUGCAUAGGAGGACGCAGGAGGAGGCGAUCGGCAUUUGUUGAAGCAGACUCCUCGCAAAUGGGAAAUGCGAUCCCACUCCUCUGAAAAUAUCACAGGGCUGGGGUGAUAUUUAGGAUAUUUAGGAUAGCUGGUGCAAAGGGACAAUUUAAAGCUGUCCCACCAUGCACACACAAACACACACACACACACACACACACACACACACACACACACACAGAGCACUCCAGAAACACCAUUGCUAUGUCUUGAUGGCACUUAAGAACCAAGAAUGUUAGAACAAAAGAGGAUUAGACAGAUUCACAGAGGCAGCGAUGCUUCUGAACCACAAUUGCUGGAAACCUCAGGAGGUGAGAGUUGCUCUUGUGUUUGAGUCCUGCUUGCCAGUUUCCCAUUGAGGCAUCUGGGUGGCCACUGUGAGAACAGGACACUGGACUAGCUGGGCCACAGAAUUUUAGAAUAGGAAGAGACCCUGAGGGUCAUCUAGUCCCACCCUCUGCACUGCAGGAAUCUCAGCUAAAGCAGCCAUGAGAGAUGGCCCUCCAACCUCUGCUGAAAUCAGGGGUAGGCAACCUAAGGCCCGGGGGCCGGAUCCAGCCCAAUCACCUUCUUAAUCCGGCCCUUGGACGGUCCGGGAAUCAGCGUAUUUUUACAUGAGUAGAAUGUGUCCUUUUAUUUAAAAUGCAUCUCUGGGUUAUUUGUGGGGCCUGCCUGGUGUUUUUACAUGAGUAGAAUGGUGCUGGAGGAGACUCUUGAGAGUCCCAUGGACUGCAAGAAGAUCCAACCUCUCCAUUCUGAAGGAAAUCAGCCCUGAGUGCUCACUGGAAGGACAGAUCGUGAAGCUGAGGCUCCAAGACUUUGGCCACCUCAUGAGAAGAGAAGACUCCCUGGAAAAGACCCUGAUGUUGGGAAAGAUGGAGGGCACAAGGAGAAGGGGAUGACAGAGGACGAGAUGGUGGGGCAGUGUUCUCGAAGCUACCAGCAUGAGUUUGACCAAACUGCGGGAGGCAGUGGAAGACGUGCUCUGGUCCAGGGGGUCAUGAAGAAUCGGACAUGACUAAACAACUAAACAACAAAGAAUGUGUCCUUUUAUUUAAAAUACAUCUCUGGGUUAUUUGUGGGGCAUAGGAAUUCGCUCAUUUUUUUCAUCAAAAUAUAGUCUGGCCCCCCGCAAGGUCUGAGGGACAGUGGACCGGCUCCCUGCUGAAAAAGUUUGCUGACCCCUGGCUUAAAUACUUCCAAGGAAGGAGAGUCCACCAAAAAAAGUCCAGAGGGAGUUCGUUCCACUGUUGAACAGCUCUUGCCAUCAGAAAGUUCUUCCUGGUGUUAUUUGGGAUCACUUUUAUUGUAACUUAGGGAUGCGGGUGGCGCUGUGGGUUAAACCACUGAGCCUAGGGCUUGGCGAUCAGAAGGUUGGCGGUUCGAAUCCCUGUGACGGGGUGAGUUCCCGUUGCUCGGUCCCAGCUCCUGCCAACCUAGCAGUUCGAAAGAACGUCAAAGUACAAGUAGAUAAAUAGGUACCUUCCGACAGGAAGGUAAACGGCGUUUCCAUGCGCUGCUCUGGUUCGCCAGAAGCGGCUUAGUCAUGCUGGCCACAUGACCCAGGAGCUGUACGCUGGCUCCCUUGGCCAAUAAAGGGGGAUGAGCGCCGCAACCGCAGAAUUGGCCAUGACUGGACCUAAUGGUCAGGGGUCCCUUUACCUUUAUUGUAACUUGAAGCCUUUGUUUUGGAUCCUACUCUUCAGAGCAGGAGAAAACAAGCUUGUCCCCUCUUGCACGGGGCAGAUAUUUGAAGAUGGCUCUCAUUAUCUUCUCUCAGUCAUCUCUUUCCCAGGCUAAACAUCCCCAGCUCCUUCAACUGUUCCUCAUCAGGCUUGGUUUCUAGACCCCUGGUCACCUUAGCUGCCCUCCUCUGCACACCUUGCCAAUAUCCUUAUUAAAUUGUGGUGGACACAGGACUCCAGAUGGGGUCUGACCAAGGCAGAAUAGAGCGGUAGUUUUAUGUCACUUUGUGUGACUGCCGUACUGUUGAUGCAGCCUAGAGAUAUUUGAUGCUGCCUCUGAUAGCACAGAAGUGUGGGUCCAUCUGAGGUCGUCAUGGGGGUGUGAGACAUUCGCUAAGCAUCUGUAGCACCCGAAAACAUUGCUGGCAGAAAUAGCACCUUAAUUUGGAGGCAGGGCAGAGGGGAGAGAGAGGGAUGCAAUUGUUCUGCUUUUGCAGAGAGAGAAGAAUGUCACCUUGUAUUUGCAAAGCAACCGACACAAAAGAGAGUUUGCUUUUGUUGCACAGUUCACAAGCCUUUAAGCUCGCUGCUUUCCAACCCAAUGCUCGCUGCUGAAUUUCUAAAUAAGGAUCACUGGGAUGUUUUUGGCCACCGCUAAGAGACGUGGCUGUCAGGGAGAGAAAUGAUGGCACGCAGGGAUGCUGAACAUGGCUGGGAUGAUUAAUUCCCUCUCCUCGAGGGCUGCCUUGCAAAGAGCUCCGUGAGAGAUCCGGCAAGCGAUGUUCGACAUGGUGCCAUUUGGCAGCAGACAGCCUUGUCAGGAUCCCUGCGCUGCACUAUCAGGAGAGUGCCGCUGCGUUCGCUCAGAUGCGCAGAUAAUCCCAGGGAGCUCUUGAGGAGCUGGCAAAUUUAACUGUGCCGCUUACCACUGCCUUUGCCUUGCGGCUUCUGGAGGUUUCUGGCAGCACAGAGGGAGAGAGAAGGACAUGAGAGCCUGCUGGAUCAGGUCCAUGGCAGAUCUCUAGCUCAGCAUCCUGUUACAUAAGAACUUGAGAAGAACUUGCAGGAUUAGGCCCAUGGACACCCUCAGUGACUGUUUUCGACCUCCAUAGUUGGAGCCAGUGUGGUGUAGUGGUUAAGAGCGGUAGACCCGUAAUCUGGGGAACCGGGUUCGCUUCCCCGCUCCUCCACAUGCAGUUGCUGGGUGACCUUGGGCCAGUCACACUUCUCUGAAGUCUCUCAGCCUCACUCACCUCACAGAGUGUUUGUUGUAGGGAAGGAAGGGAAAGGAGAACGUUAGCCACUUUGAGACUCCUUUGGGUAGUGAUAAAGCGGGAUAUCAAAUCCAAACUCCUCCUCCUCCUCCUCCUCCUCCUCCUCUUCUCUUCUUCCUCUUCUACAAUUCUAUGAUUCUACAAUCUCUAGAAUGACCUCAGAUGGAUCCACAUUCCUGUGCACUGGGAGAAAGCAUUGGAUCACUGACAGCUGAAUAAACAAAAUUGUAUACUAUUUACUUGUUCUUGAGUCGUUUAGUGGUGUCCGACUCUUCGUGACCCCCUGGACCAGAGCAUUCCAGGCACUCCUGUCUUCCACUGCCUCCCGCAGUUUGGUCAAACUCAUGCUGGUAGCUUCGAGAACACUGUCCCACCAUCUCGUCCUCAGUCCUCCCCUUCUCCUUGUGCCCUCCAUCUUUCCCAACAUCAGGGUCUUUUCCAGGGAGUCUUCUCUUCUCAUGAGGUGGCCAAAGUCUUGGAGCCUCAGCUUCAGGAUCUGUCCUUCCAGGGAGCACUCAGGGCUGCUUUCAUUCAGAAUGGAGAGGUUUGCUCUUCUUGCAGUCCAUGGGACUCUCAAGAGUCUCCUCCAGCAUCAGAAUUCAAAAGCAUCAAUUCUUUGGCGAUCAGCCUUCUUUAUGGUCCAGCUCUCACUUCCAUACAUCACUACUGGGGAAAUCAUGGCUUUAACUCUACGGACCUUUGUUGGCAAGGUGAUGUCUCUGCUUUUUAAGAUGCUGUCUAGGUUUGUCAUCGCCUUUCUCCCAAGGAGCAGGCGUCUUUUAAUUUCGUGACUGCUGUCACCAUCUGCAGUGAUCAUGGAGCCCAAGAAAGUAAAAUCUCUCACUGCCUCCAUUUCUUCCCCUUCUAUUUGCCAGGAAGUGAUGGGACCAGUGGCCAUGAUCUUAGUUUCUUUGAUGUUGAGCUUCAGACCAUAUUUUGCGCUCUCCUCCUCUUUCACCCUCAUUAAAAGGUUCUUUAAUUCCUCUUCACUUUCUGCCAUCAAGGUUUUGUCAUCUGCAUAUCUGAGGUUGUUGAUAUUUCUUCUGGCAAUCUUAAUUCCGGUUUGGGAUUUAUUUCAUAAAAUUUAUACACCACUUGAUUGUAAAAAACAACAACAACCCUCAAACAGUUUUCAAAAAGGCUAAAGCAGUAAAAUAAUCAAGCAACAAAGUAAUAGCUAUGAUUUAAGACUUUCCGGAGGUUAGGAAUAAGAGUAGAUUAAAAGCGGAUAAAAACUCGCAUCGACUUUCUAAAAAUCUGGAUAGGCUUGCCAAAACAAAAAUGUUUAUAGCAGGCACUGAAGAGAGAACAGUGAUGGCUCCUGCCCAACAUCACUAGGCAGGGAGUUCCAAAGUGUAGGUGCUGCCACUGUAAAAAAUCAAAUUCUAAGAAAUGUAGAAUGGGUAUUUCAUGGCACCUGUGAGACCCUGAUCAAAGGUGCCAAUUAGAACAAUCUUCACCAGCCUGGUGCCCUUCAGAGUUUUGGGGGCAACGUCUUCCAUCGGUACAACCAGCUGUGCUAAACAUAGAGACAGGAAUCUCCAUCCCUCUCAACCCCUCUGAUUCAAGUUGCCCUCCUGGCUAACAGUUUCACAAGGAACUGUUGUGUACUGAAGUUCUCACCCUGGGCCAGCAGGGGGAUACUGUAGAUAGUUAUGCCAAUGAAGGAUCGAAAGUGACGUUCAGUGAUUGGAUAGUUUUAGAAAGUUGCAGCAAUUACGUUGUUCUGGAGCUCUAUAUAAGCAGGCUGACUGGGCUCUUCAGUUCAGUUCUAUUCUGGCCUCUGAAUAAACAAGAGCUGUUGAAGAAUCACUGUGUCGUCUGAUAUGUUCGCCCACAACUUAACACUGGCGACGAAGGUUGGAUUGAUGGACAUCAGAGCACAGCCAGACUCGGCCAUCCUCUGAACUGAACUGAGCUGAAUCACUGAGCUGAAACACUGAGUGAAAACUGUCCAAUGACUGAACGUCACUUUCGAUCCUUCAUUUGCAUAACUAUCUACAGUAUCCCCCUGCUGGCCCAGGGUGAGAACACAACAGGAACAAAUCCCCUUUCAUUGAUUAAUUGCUUUAAUAGACAAGCAACUAAAGGCUGCAGCUCUUCUCUUGCUUUUACAAGUUGAAAUAAUUACCAGGGUUGUUCUAGGUGAGGGGGUCAUUGGCAGGGUCCACAUAUACAGUGGUACCUUGGUUCUCAAACGCCUUGGUUCCCAAACACCGAAAACCCGGAAGUAAGUGUUCUGGUUUCCAAAUGUUUUUUGGAAGCUGAACAUCCGAUGCAGUUGUCGGCUAUUGUUUCUGGGGCGCCUGCACCAAUCAGAAGCUGCGCCUUGGUUUUUGAACAUUUUGGAAGCCAAACGGACUUCCAGAACAGAUUAAGUUUGUCGCUUUUCUUUUUGCUAUUUAUUUUGCGUUUUUGUUUUGGAGGCUUUUUCAGUUAAUUUGUUUUUGUGACUAUGUGGAACCCAGUUCAGCUACUGACUGACUGUGUGACAGCAGAAAUGGAUAAAAGCCCUCCAUCCAAACGAUGACUUUCAUCAGUGCAGGUAAGAAAAAUAUUUAAUUUUAAUUUUUAUCACCUACAAUACUGCCUUAUUUAUUUUAUAGUACACUGAUUAUUGCUUUCAUUUUAUGGAUCAAUGGUCUCAUUAGAUAGUAAAAUCCAUGUUAAAUUGCUGUUUUAGGGGUUGUUUUUAGAAGUCUGGAACAGAUUAAUCCAUUUUGCAUUACUUUCUAUGGGAAAGCGCACCUUGGUUUUGGAACACUUUGGACUUGUGGAACGGAUAAGUUUGAGAACCAAGGUACCAUACCACUGUAAUAGAAAACUGCCACUCCAAAGGUCCUGUGAAUCUGCAUAGGACUGAGCAACAUAGAAGCUACUCCUGGUGCUGCAAACUCUGGACCAGAUGUCACAAGAACACAAGAAGAGCUUGCUGGAUGAGGCCAAUAUCCCAUCUGGACCAGCAUCCUGUUCUCACCAUGGCCAAACAUGUUGUUGUUUUUUAGUCGUUUAGUCGUGUCCGACUCUUUGUGACCCCCUGGGCCAGAGCACGCCAGGCACUUCUGUCUUCCACUGCCUCCCACAGUUUGGUCAAACUCACGUUAGUAGCUUUGAGAACACUGUCCCACCAUCUCGUCCUCCAUCAUCCCCUUCUCCUUGUGCCCUCCAUCUUUCCCAACAUCAGGGUCUUUUCCAGGGAAUCUUCUCUUCUCAUGAGGUAGCCAAAGUCUUGGAGCCUCAGCUUCAGGAUCUGUCCUUCCAGUGACCACUCAGGGCUGAUUUCCCUAAGAAUGUAAAAGUUUGAUCUUCUUGCAGUCCAUGGGACUCUCCAGAGUCUCCUCCAGCACCAUAAUUCAAAAGCAUCCAUUCUUUGGUGAUCAGCCUUUUUUAUGGUCCAGCUCUCACUUCCAUAUAUCACUACUAGAGGUUGUUAAACAGAGGUUGGCUGUCUAUCCAUUGGGGAUUCUUUAGCUGAGAUUCCUGCAAUUCAGGAGGUUACACUAGAUGAACAUUUUGGGUCCCUUCCAACUCUGCCAUUCUACGAUUCUAUUUAUUAAAAACAACAACAAGAAGAAGCCCAAAGCCUGCCAUCUAUUUGUGUUUGUUGACACGGCUCGCGAGUGUCAAAAGGCGACACUGAAAAUAGCCGGCUUCUGCGACGCAGCCUAAUUAGGGAGGGAGGUUCAGUACAAAAGCAAGGAAGACGCUUUGCAAUGUUUUCGGAGAGGGAAACAGCCGCAUCUUAAUGAGCCUGCUUUUUUUGCUGCCGAAUCCUGGCACGGUAAUGGGCCAAACAGCGCCUGCUCUGAAAAUUAGAGGGUGCGUUUUCCACAGGGCAGGUAUAAAUUUAAAUCCGCAAUCUGCGUAUGGAGUGUCAGCUGGCUGACGCCUUUCGAGCAGGAAGGAAGAGCAGAAGUCAUCUAAAUAACUGCCUGGCUUUUAUUAAUGUUGUUGUUUAGUUGUUUAGUCGUGUCCGCCUCUUCAUGACCCCCUGGACCAGAGCACAGCCUGGAGAAGAGGAGGUUAAGAGGUGAUAUGAUAGCCAUGUUCAAAUAUAUAAAAGGAUGUCACAUAGAGGAGGGAGAACGGUUGUUUUCUGCUGCUCCAGAGAAGCGGACACGGAGCAAUGGAUCCAAACUACAAGAAAGAAGAUUCCACCUAAACAUUAGGAAGAACUUCCUGACAGUGAGAGCUGUUCGACAGUGGAAUUUGCUGCCAGGGAGUGUGGUGGAGUCUCCUUCUUUGGAGGUCUUUAAGCAGAGGCUUGACAACCAUAUGUCAGGAGUGCUCUGAUGGUGUUUCCUGCUUGGCAGGGGGUUGGACUCGAUGGCCCUUGUGGUCUCUUCCAACUCUAUGAUUCUAUGAGUCUAUGAUUCUAUGUGAACAAAAACGUAAAAAAAGACAUGCGGCCAUAGCUCAAAAACUUGACCUGAUUGAGCAAAACCAAUGUGAUUUUUGGAUUCAGCGCAUCAGAUUCGUCCUAAAUCAACUGAAAAAACAGAGACAAAAAAUUUGUUGUUGACCAGUGUAAACAUAGUUGAGAGGUCCCUCAUAUUUAUGGGACUGCCUCUCCUGGUGUGCCCAGCAGAGGUCCUUUGUUGUUGUUGUUGUUGUUGAGUCAUUUAGUCGUGUCCGACUCUUCGUGACCCCAUGGACCAGAGCACGCCAGGCACUCCUGUCUUCCACUGCCUCCCGCAGUUUGGUCAAACUCAUGCUGGUAGCUUCGAGAACACUGUCCCACCAUCUCGUCCUCCAUCGUCCCCUUCUCCUUGUGCCCUCCAUCUUUCCCAACAUCAGGGUCUUUUCUUGUUCCAGCCAGAUGGGCGGGGUAUAAAUAAAUUAUUAUUAUUAUUAUUAUUAUUAUUAUUAUUAUUAUUAUUUUCUGAGCAUCUCAUCGCCCACAUCCCUUUAGACUGCUAUGGUCUAACAAUUUUGCAUUUAUUGAAUUAUCGUUAUCUCCCCUGAACUCUCUCUCCCCCAAGUGUGGUUUUCCAAAACGUCACUUAAAAUCUGUUCCUUUUAAAAAGAUAAAGUAGGAACAGGACAUUCCUCACCUUUGAAUUAUUUUAUUCAGCAGCUCCCUGGAGAGCCCCUCUUGUCUGUCCCCUCAUCCCCACCCCGCAGGACUGAAAAUCACAAACUCUCCCUAUUUCAAGGUCCCUUCUGUAGCCAUUCCAGCCCACCUCCCUGCCUCUGUACUUAAAUGAAGAAUUUCCCCCGCAGGCAAAAAGCCAUUUCCUCGGAAUACCAAAUGCAGAACUUUGCAUUGAUCAAAUGGGCUUCUGCGACAGCUUUUGGGGAUGCAGCCUGCGCUCUGGCAAAUAGCUUCUUCUCUUUUUCUCAUCAGGAGUUGCAUCUGAGCCAUAGCCAGUCUCUCUAGUAGGGCGAGGAUUUCCAUCUCAAUUGCAAGUCACUUAGCAACACUGGGCUGGAGAUUUAAAAACUGUUGAAAGUCAGCCGGGUUUUCUUCUUCUUUUUCUUCUCUUUUAAAAAAAGCUCCUUACAGACUCCGGGUUUGGGAUGUUGCAGAGAUCUGUUAGAAAAAGCAAAAUGGUUGUGGAAAUGCCCACGAUUCUCAUGUUUGUUAGAGGGCAGAAAUGGAUAUCAGGCAGCCAAAUGAAAGCAUCACUAUCAUUCUUUAAGUGCGCAAAAGUUAGGCAAGUUAUUUAUUUUUUCUGUAACAUGUUAUUUAUUCAUUUGCUGCAUUUACUUUUUCUAAUAUAAUUUUUUAUUAAUUUUUAGCAUAUCAUUUUCAACAGUAAUUAAACAUACUUUUACAUCUGAUACAUUUUUUGUGACUUCCAUCAAUCCUGUCUGAAAAAUUUUCCAAUCUAAUCUCUUAGUAUACAUUUCUUACUUUCCCUAUUACAUCUAAAUCUCAUAACUAGUAUCUCUAUUCUUUGUCUGCAUUAUAACGUUUCGUAUAUUUCUCCUUACAAAACCUCUUGUAGUCCUACUAGCGUGAUUUGUUGAUUACAAUUGCUCUUCAGAUAGUUCACAUGCUUCUUCCAAUCUUCUGUAAAUCUCUGGUCCUGCAGGUUUUGAAUCCUUCCUGUCAUUUUAUCCAAUUCUGCAUAGUCCAUUAAUUUUAUCUGCCAUUCUUCUUUCGUCGGAAUUUCCAUUUGCUGACUUUACAUCCCACCUGCUUGUUCAUAAUAAUAAUAAUGUCAUUAUUUAUACCCCAGCCACUCUGGGCGGCUUCCACACAGUACAAGGUGGCAUGCAUAAGUUAUCCCCACCUUGUUUAAAUUCCACAACAACCCUGUGAGGUAGGUUGGAAUAAGAGGCAGGGACUGGCUCAAGGUCUUCAGGGCUGUGGGAACGGGGAGCCUGGUCUCUCCCGGGUCCUAGUCUGACACUAGCCAAUAGGUCACACUAUCUUGAUUGUAAAACUCUGCUUCAUUUUUUUUUUUGAAUGAUAUUUAUUAAAGUUUCAAUAAAAGAUUAAACAUAAAACAUAAAAAAGAAAUACACAAUUCAAAAUAUACAAUACAUAAUCUAAAAGAAAAAGGAAAAAUAAAGAAACAAGAAAACAAAAGACAAAAAAGAAAGUAGAACAAUUAAAAACAGUAUCAUCUUUUCGUCUCCAUUUUUAAAUUUACUUAUUUUCUGGACCUCCUCGUACCUCCCUCUUUUGUAUUCCAGUUCAAAUUGUUCAUCCAGCAAUUUCUUUCCCUCUUUUUUUAAUCCCAAUCUUAACUCUUGAUAUAAUAUAACAUUAAAAUUUUACCUUUUAAAACCAGAUUUCCAUUUCCUUAAACUUUUUUAAUCCUAAUCCUUAAUCUCAAUCUAUCUAUAAUUUUAAAUCCUAAACAGCUGGAAGCCACUUAUUUUUAAUCCAACAUCACUCUAACAUUCUUUAAUUUUGCAAUGUUUCUGCAGAUAGUCUUUGAAUUUCUUCCAAUCUUCCUCCACCGACUCUUCUCCCUGGUCACGGAUUCUACCAGUCAUUUCCGCCAGUUCCAUAUAGACCAUAAGUUUCAUCUGCCAUUCCUCCAGUAAAACUCUGCUUCAUGGUAAAGACAAAACAAAACAAAACCUUAAAGCAGUUUCCAAAAAAAAAGAAGGGGGAAAAAAGGAAGGGGAAGCAAUUUUAAAAACAUCUAAAAUGUCCAAAAACAGUUAAAAUCACUGAUAAACUAAAAACAGAUGAGAACAAAAACCAGUACAGUGGUACCUCUGGUUGCGAACGGGAUCCGUUCCGGAGGCUCAUUUGCAACAUGAAAAGAACGCAAUUCGUUGCAAUUUGCCGCUUCUGCGCGUGACGUCAUUUUGCGCUUCUGCGCAUGUGUGAGCGGCGAAACCCGGAAGUAAUUACAAUUCCCAUCAUCCCUGACCACUGGCCCUGCUAGCUAGGGAUGAUGGGAGUUGUAGUCCCAAAACAUCUGGAGGGCCGACUUUGCCUAUGCCUGACCUGGAGGACAAGUUGUAGCUCUUGCAACCUGGUUCCUUCCUUUGGGAUGCCAAUGAGGACAUUUGAGUGGCCAGCUAAGGUCACUGUCUCAUGAAGAAACUCGCCUGACCAGUUCAGCAGCCUCCUCUCUUAGGUUCUGACCUUCACUGGGUGGAAGACCCACAGAAUUAGAAGGGAUCUCAGGGCAUCAUUCAGACUGACCCCUCCACCAGCCCACAAAAUUAACAAUGUAUAUGAUCCCUGGUGGCUCUUCCGGGUGCUUCUUCUGCAACUCAGCCCUUCAGCAAAAGCGGGGAGGGAAAUGUGCGUGGUUGCGGCACAACCAGGGAAGGUCUCCUCCAUUCCCUGCCUCUCCCCUUGGAUGCUUUCUGCAGAUCUCUCUGUGCCGAAGCUAUUUAAGCUGUCAGGGAACAUCCAGUUACUCCCCUGGGUGGGUGGGGGGGAAUGUGCUUUUGAGAGAACUGCAUGAGGCUAUUUUUCAGCAUUUUGGGGUUGAGCCACUUAAAAAAAUAAAUCGUAAAGGUUAUUUUGCUUUGAACUUCUUCCCAUUUUGCUUGAUUUCCUGCUGAGGUGGGAAAAUGUAUUAGCUAUGAAGUGAGAUGCUCCACUUUCCUGCCCAACGGGGAGAAAAUUCCCUCCCUCCCCAGAGUUGUCUAAACUAGCUUUUAAAAGGACGGGGCUCUGUGGUCUGGCAUGUAACAGGCAUAAUAAUAAUAAUAAUAAUAAUAAUAAUAUCCUCCUGCUUUUCAUAGUGCUGGGGGGUAGAGUAGGAAACCUGUAUCAAAAGAGAGAAGGGUUUUUUUCAUCUAAAGAGAAGAACAAAAGAAGGAGACUGCUGGAUUGGGACAAUGGUCCAUCUUCUCCAGCGUCCUGUUCUUACUGUGGCCAAACCAGAUGCUCAUUAUGGGAAACCAGUGUUGUAAACAAAAUCUGCCCUUUCCCCCUUAUGGGGUAUCCAAGAGCCCAUAUAGAGUCCUUACGUAGGUUCCCUAUUGGUAGGAGAAAAUAACAGAGGUCAACCAGAUAAUAUUGAGAAGCAAAGCCGUUAGUAAGCUCGAUCUUUAUUGAUCUGUUGCAACAGGAUGCUCCCCUCACCCGCAGGAAAGGAGGAGGACCCAGAACAAUGGCACGCAAGGUCUUAUAUAGACAUUUUAAAUUCUCUGCCCUGGAGCUCAAGACCACCCCCAGAAACAUCAUACAUACAUGACAGAAGGGGUGUAACCUAAGACCACCACCCCAGAUACAUCAUACAAACAUCACAGAAAAGGCGGUCUACAGCAGAAAUCUGAGUGACUUGUUUAUCUCACAGGUUACCUGUUUAAUGGUCACUUGAUUGGAUUGCCUGAGGAGCCUGGCCAGUCUUUUGUAAUGAUAAAUACUUAGUUCCUGGGCCAGGUCACAGCCUCACACUCUAUUCAUAUAUUAAAUGUGCCCUUAAGAUAGGAUUUGUGAGGAAAAAUGGGGAGGUUUCCCACAGAGCAGAGCCAUCUUAGCCAGGAGCCAUCCAUCUCCUCCUCCUCCUCCAUGAAUUUGUCUACGAUAGGUAGCUAGACAUCAAUAAGGAACAGGCAGCAACCUUAUCAUAGGACUGUAGAGCUGGAAGGAACCCUGAGGGUCAUCUAUUCCAACCCCCUGCGAUGCAGGAAUCUCAGCCAAAGCAUCCCUGACAAAUGGCCAUCCAACCUCUAUUUAUAAAUGAAAUAUACUCAGAGUUGAGUGUGAAUUUAACGCUCUUUAUUCAACUCAUGGUAGCAAUGAAUGAAACUUUCCCCAAAACGUCUAGCUAUAUAUACAUUAUUUACACAAUGGGCUCUGUGUGAUUGGCUAAUUCUGGACUGCUCCUGUAGGCCAAUCAGGUUGCGGAUUCACUUCCACCUGGAGCUGGAUUGGGUGGCUCCUGCGGACCAAUCAGACUGCUGCAUUCUGGAUCCUAUUGUUCUAGGAUUCAGCUCAGUACAUAACAAUAAACAUAAACAUAAACAUAAACAUAAACAUAAAUUGUUUAUAUCCCAUCCUCCCCAGCCGAAGUUGGGCUCAGAGCGGCCAACAACAAUAAAAGUAACACAGUUCACAUAAAAUCACAAUCAGUUGAAAUACAUUCUAAAAUCAAUUCAUUCUAAAAUCAAUUCAAAAUCAAAUCAAUGGCAACCAAGGAAAGAGAGUUCACAGCCUUCCAAGGGAAACCAUUUCCAUAUUGCAUCAAACAGUGAAGCCUCUUCUUCCCAGAGUGGGAGUCUGUGACAAGGAAGCUGAGUUCUUUGUCUCCUUUUUUCUGCUCUCUGCCAGUAUCCUUGUGUUUGGGCUCCAUUUCCCCCAGCACUUGCCACUUUAGCUGGCUAUUAGAGAUUAGAAGCGGAUGGAGGAUGGAUGACGGCUAACAGACUGAGGUUGAAUCCUGACAAGACAGAAGUACAGUACUGUUUUUGGGGAACAGGGGAUGGCCGGGUGUGGGGGACUCCCUGGUCCUGAAUGGGGUAACUGUGUCCCUGAAGGACCAGGUGCGCAGCCUGGGAGUCAUUUUGGACUCACAGCUGUCCAUGGAGGCACAAGUCCGUUCUGUGUCCAGGGCAGCUGUUUAUCAGCUCUAUCUGGUACGCAGGAUGAGACCUUCCCUGCCCGCAGACUGUCUCGUCAGAGUGGUGCAUGGUCGGGUUAUCUCCCGCUUGGACUACUACAAUGCGCUCUACAUGGGGCUACCUUUGAAGGUGACCCGGAAACUACAAUUAAUCCAGAAUGCGGAAGCUAGACUGGUGACUGGGAGCGGCCACCGAGACCAUAUAACCCCGGUCAGAAAGACCUACAUUGGCUCCCAGUACGUUUCCGAGCACAAUUCAAAGUGUUGGUGCUGACCUUGAAAGCCCUAAACGGCCUUGGCCCAGUAUAUCUGAAGGAGCGUCUCCAUCCCAGACACCUGGGUCCAGCUCUGAGGGUCUUCUGGCAUUUCCCUCAUUGCAAGAAGUGAGGUUACAGGGAACCAAGCAGAGGGCCUUCUCGGUGGUGGUGCCCGCCCUGUGGAAUGCCUCCCAUCAGAUGUCAAGGAAAUAAGCAACUAUCUGACUUUUAGAAGACAUCUGAAGGCAGCCCUGUUUAGGGAAGUUUUUAAUGUCUUAUGUCUAAUUGUAUCUUUAAAAUUUUGUUGGAAGCCGUCCAGUGUGGCUGGGGAAACCCAGCCAGAUGGGCGGGGUAUAAAUAAAUGAUGAUGAUGAUGUCUGUUUUAACACAUCUUUCCAUCCUAGUACAGUGGUACCUCUGGUUGGGAACGGGAUCUGUUCCGGAGCCCCGUUCGCAACAUGAACAGAGCGCAACCUGCAGCGGCGCAUCUGCGCAUGAGCGGGUUGUGAUUUGCCGCUUCUGCGCAUGAGCAUGAUGUCAUUUUGCACAUCUGCGCAUGUGCGAGAGGCGAAACCCGGAAGUAACCCUUUCCGGUACUUCCGGGUCGCCACGGGACGCAACCUGAAAAGACGUAACCUGAACCGAACGUAACAAGAGCUAUGACUGUACUGAGUCAGAUCACCAUUACAUUCAGUUUAGUUUUGUCUACAAUGACUGGCAGUAGCACAUCAGGAUUUCAAGCAGGGAAUAUCUCCAAGCCGAACCCAGAGAUGGUGUCAGACGUUGAACCCGGUAUCUCAAAUCAAGGACGGCUUGUUGGUGACCUCGGAUGUAACUUUUGCUGCCCUCUGCCCAGGGGGCCAAUGUCCAGUCUUGGCUCCAGAGACAAAACUAUUUCCAUUUACAGCAACGGAGACAAAAUGUCCUCUUGAUGUUUGCUUUCUGCACUCUUUUCAAAAUAACAGGUUGCUGGUGGGAGGGGUGAAAACGCCCUCAGUAAGCAGAAAAUUGUCAUAACAACAUUGAGGACUGAUCUUGGGGCAUAAAGGAGUUUUCUUUUUCGGCUGCACAGUGGUCCCUUGGUUCUCAAACUUAGUCCAUUCCAAAACCAAAGCGUUCCAAAACCAAGGCGCGCUUUCCCAUAGAAAGUAAUGCAAAAUGGAUUAAUCCGUUCCAGACUUUUAAAAGCAACCCCUAAAACAGUGAUUUAACAUGAAUUUUACUAUCUAAUGGGAGCAUUGAUUCAUAAAAUGAAAGCAAUAAACCAUGUACUGCAGUCACACAAUCAAUCAGUCAGUAGCUGAACUCGGUUCCACACAGUCACAAAAACAAAACGAAAAGAGCCGCAAAAACAAAAAUGCAAAAUAAAUAGCAAAAACAGACAGACCUCAGUGUAACACUCGAAACAGAGCAUGUUCGGCUUCUGAAAAAUGUUCACAAACCAAAACACUUACUUCCAACCCCAACUCCUAUAGUUAUAAUUUGUCAGUUGCCAUCUGAUUUUAAUUUGAUUUUGAGCUGCAUUUCAAACGAUUUUUUGAUUUUAUGUUUUAAUGUAUAAUAUACUUUGAGGUUAGCUGCCCUGAGCCUGGUUCUGGCCGGGGAGGGCAGGAUAUAGAUAAAAUUAUUUAUUUAUGUAUGUAUGUAUGUAUGUAUGUAUGUAUUUAUUAUUAUUAUUCCGGGUUUGCAGCGUUUGUUUGAGUACCAAGGCAUUUGCAAACCGAGGUACCACUGUGUUGGAGUUGGUUUUCUGUGGGCGAUUUGAGAUGGGCUGGAGGAAACCUCUUUGCUGAUGGAGGGCUGCCAUCUUCAGGAAACAUGGUGCCAUCUCAAUUGGCUUCCAGGGGCUUCGACCAGCAUCGUGGGACCACAACUCCCUCCCGCCCCAAGCAGUACAGAGUUGCCUCAAAUAUCUGGAUGGGGCCCAGACUGGCAAAGGCUAGGUGAGAGCCAUGCCAGUUCUUGUGGUGCGCUUGAGAGAAAGAGGCAUUUCAAAGAAGCGAGAUGACAGAAGUUUGCAAAACUCUCUGUGGCUUGGAGAAACUGGAUAGAGAAGGACUUUUUCUCCCUCUCUCACAGCACUGGAACUGUUGGAAUGAUUUAGGGCAUAAGGAAGGAAGUCCUUUUUCCCCAGCGAAGAGUUAAAGGGUGGAACUUGCUCCCUCACGAAGCAGCGAUGGGCAGCAAAGGCUUUAAAAGAGGAUUAGACGAAACAGUGCAAAUCACUGCUAAACUAGAAACUGUGAAUAAUUGGGUGCACUCUUCCCACCUUGGAUCAAAUCUAUGCUUCCAGGUGUCACAAGAAAGCUGCAGAGAUAGUGCAGGAUAGUGCGCACCCCGGAAACGAUCUCUUUCAGCUUCUGCCUUCUGGAAGAAGGUCCAGGGUUAUAAAGACUAGGACUAGCUGCCUCAGAAACAGUUUCUACCCAAAUGCGAUUUUGGUUUUAAAUGCAGUGUAAGGUAGUAUCUAAGGGACGUGGAUGGCGCUGCGGGUUAAACCACGGAGCCUAGGACUUGCAGAUCAGAAGGUUGGCAGUUCAAAUCCCCGCGACGGGGUGAGCUCCCGUUGCUGGGUCCCUGCUCCUGCCAACCUAGCAGUUCAAAAGCACGUCAAAGUGCAAGUAGAUGAAUAGGUACUGCUCCGGCGGGAAGGUAAAUGGCAUUUCCGUGCCCUGCUCUGGUUCGCCAGAAAUGGCUUAGUCAUGCUGGUCACAUGACCCGGAAGCUGUACGCCGGCUCCUUUGGCCAAUAAAGCAAGAUGAGCGCCACAACCCCAGAGUCAUCCUCAACUGGACCUAAUGGUCAGGGGUCCCUUUACCUUUACCUUUAAGGUAGUCUCUAUGGGAGUAUGUUGUAUUUAAUUAUGGGGUAUCAGAGUUUUUAGGGGAUUAACUAGGCUGGGAUAGCUGGGAUAGCAGGCUUGUUGGUUUCAAAUGUCUGAUGUAGAUUUUUUCAAUUUCGUUGUUCUGUUUGGGACAAUGACAAUAAAGAUUAUCGUAUUGUAUCGUACUGUAAAAAAUAAAAACACAAAGCAGUAUUCUGGAUACCUGGGUAGGCCUGUAGGAACAAAAAUGUUUUCAGCAGAGACCAACAAGAGCAGAGUGAAGGUGCCUGUCUGGUGUCAAGAGGCAGGGAGUUCCAAAGGGCAGGAUCCGCCACAUCAAAAGAUCAAUUUCUUACAAAUGCGAACCCGCUAUUAUGUGGCACCUGUAACAGUGCCCGUUCCUCAGACUGAAACGAUCAGGUGGACAUAUAAGGGGUAAAUUGCAUAAACCAUGUUAUUUCCUGCAGAGUUUGGGACAUUCCCCUGCUAUUGAAAUUAAUUGCAUCAUUAACUAUGGAACUCACUGCUACAGGAGGCAGGGAUGACCGCCGACUUGGAUGGUUUUAAAAGAGGAUGGGAUGAAUUCUUGGAGGUCCCAAUUAACAUUUGUAAAAAAGCCUGAAGCUUUUCUGUUAGGGAUUGUAGGAAAAGACUUGCCAAGGAAAGUAAAAAACAUUUUUUUGUAUGCGACAAUGGCAGCAAGUGUCUUACUAGCACAAGGAUGGAAGAGUGAGGAAAUCCCGACUAAAGAACUGUGGCAAGAGAAACUGAUGGAUUAUGGGGAACUGGCGAAAUUGACACAUAAACUACGAGACAAGGACAACUGUGACUUUAAAGAAGAAUGGGAACCUUUUACAAAGUACUUAAAGAAACAACAAAAUAAACUGGACACCUUGGCAGGUUUUGAAUAAGCAUUCACAAACUUUUUAUUGGUAAUAUACAGACAGACAAACUGAGGAGCUUUACAAUUUUAAACAUGCAGAAAAUAACAUGUGCGUGAGAAAUCAGAGAAAGGAGCUGAGGGAAGUUGGGUGGGACGGUGGGUUUUACUUUUUUUCUUUUUUAGGGGGGAGGGGGGAAACGGGGGGAAUGAGGAUGAUGUAUUUUUGAUAAGUUGUUACGCUGAAAUUCCUAAUAAUUUAAUUUAAAAAAAAAAAGAAAAAGCAACAAAGGCAAAAAAGAAAAGAAAAGAUGAAUUCUUGGAGGAGGGCGAUAGGACUCUCGAUGGCUCCUAGCCGGGAGGUCUCUGUUCUGCCUCUGUGGUCAAGAGGCAGCAGUGCCUGUGAAUCCCAGUUGUGUAAACCACAGGAGGGGAGAGUUGCUCUGGUGCUCGAUUUCCUGCUUCUCAGUUUCCCCACAGGAAGACAGCUGUCACCUGUGAGAGCAGGAUGCUGGCUUCAUCCCGCAGCCUCUUCUUCUGCGCUUAUGCUCAGCACCUGAAGAUGCACCUUGGCUAAAUUGGUGGGUUGGGCUGAGUGGCUUUCCAUUCUCUUCUGAGCCUCUGACGCUUUGCUUCCUCCCAAAAAUAAAUGCCUCUCUUUUUUUUAAGGCACAGCCAUCCUUUCCAGCGAAAGUAAUGCACGCACAACACACUGUCCAUGACUCUUUUGAAAGCACUUAUUUUCCUUUCAGGAGGAACAAUGGAGAUAUUUUCUCUCUCUCUCUCUUCCUCUCUCUCUUUUGCUGCUCCUGACUGUUCUGGGCUAUGAGAUGGGAUCUAUUUUAGAGAGGCUUGAUUUCCAGACCCUUGAUCCUCUCGGUCGCCCUUCUCUGCACACCUUCCAGCUUGCCAAAAUCCUUCCUAAAUUGUGGUGCCCAGAACUGGACACAGUAUUUCAGAUGUAGACUCACCAAGGCAGAACAGAGCAGGACUAUGACUUCCUUUGGGACGCGGGUGGCGCUGUGGGUUAAACCACAGAGCCUAGGGCUUGCCGAUCAUAAGGACGGCGGUUCGAAUCCCCGCGAUGGGGUGAGCUCCCGUUGCUCGGUCCCUGCUCCUGCCCACCUAGCAGUUCGAAAGCACGUCAAAGUGCAAGUAGAUAAAUAGGUACCGCUCUGGUGGGAAGGUAAACGGCGUUUCCGUGCGCUGCUCUGGUUCGCCAGAAGCGGCUUAGUCCUGCUGGCCACAUGACCCGGAAGCUGUACGCCGGCUCCCUUGGCCAAUAAAUCGAGAUGAGUGCCACAACCCCAGAGUCGGUCACGACUGGACCUAAUGGUCAGGGGUCCCUUUACCUUUAUGACUUCCUUUAAUCUGGACCCUAGACUUCUGUUGAUGCAGCCUAGAAUAGCAUUUGCUUCUUCUUCUUCUUUUGCUAAUGCAUCACACUAUGGGCUCAUAAGGAAACCAGCCCUGAGUGCUCACUGGAAGGACAGAUCCUGAAGCUGAGGCGCCAAGACUUUGGCCACCUCAUGAGAAGAGAAGACUCCCUGGAAAAGACCCUGAUGUUGGGAAAGAUGGAGGGCACAAGGAGAAGGGGACGACAGGACGAGAUGGUUGGACAGUGUUCUUGAAGCUACCAGCAUGAGUUUGACCAAACUGCGGGAGGCAGUAGAAGACGGGAGUGCCUGGCAUGCUUUGGUCCAGGGGGUCACGAAGAGUCGGACAUGACUAAACAACUAAACAACAACAAUGGGCUCAUGUGAAGCUUGUGAUCUGCUAAGACCAGGGGCAUCUCAAGGGGGUGCAGAAGGUGCGGUUUGACCCAGGUCUCAUGCCUGGGGUAUGUGUGGCAAAUCCCCCCCCCCGCCCGGAUCGGUGUGGCUAUGCUCGCACCCCCAACAGGCGGAUUCUCAUGAUUGGUACGAUCAUUGUGGUGAAAAUCUGCCCUCUGAUUGAUCGCACAAAUAUUCCCAAAAUUUGCAGUGUGUGGGGGGGGGGUGACCAUUUUUUUCCGCACCGGGUACCACCUGUCUUUGCUACACCUCUGGCUAAGACCCCUGGAUCCUGUUCACAUGUGCUGCUGUCAAGCCAUAUACAUUUGAAGAGGGUAUCGGGGUUGUUGUAGGAAUUUAUGAGUAGGUGGGGGGUUUGCCCCUCCAGCAGAUAUCAAGCACAUGCAGCCCACUCCCAAAAUCAGCACAAUCACGUUUGUGACUUCUGUGAUUUGUCCCCACAAAACACUUCAUCGCAGUUUCUUCCUAUCUAUUCAAAGGGCCUUUGCUGCACGAUACCAAAUGUAAGAAUUCACUGAUAAAUGUAUCUAUGUACUGGCUCACUGGGAAAACUUCAUAAAUUCAUAUAGACAUGUGAGCUCAGCUACUCAGCAGCCCCUCUGCCUGAGGGAUAAUCCCUGGCAUCCUGAUACCUGAGUGCCAGACAGGUAGCCGUUCCAGAAAUAACAAACGCAGAUGAAGACAAAAGGGUGUGAUGAACUUGGCUGGGAAACAGGGAAAUGUAAAUAUCUCUGUUGUUCCACUUGAUGGGUGUUUGGUGGAGGGCAAGGGGAACCAUGGGGCAGGGUCCAGGAUGCUCAGAUUACUGCCACCAGACCUCCCCUUUCAUGAUGUAACCGUGAUGUAUGAGUGAUGUAGUUGGGGGGGGGGGUAACAUGAGGAUUAGCAGCUAAUAAAAGUUUGGGGGCUCUUUUGUUCGGGGCUUCCAUCUUGCUUCGUCUUGCAGUGAGUUGGAGUCCUGUCGUGACAGUUUCAAUAAAGACUACUGGCUGCUGUUUUGCUCCAAUUUUCCUGGCUGGCGUCCUUGCUUUUUUGUCCAAGAGAGCCCUCAGAUUUCUCCAUUAACAGGGUCUAUGAGGUCCACAGGUUCCAUUAUGAACUCUGGGAGUUUCAGUCCCAAACGUCAGUGUGAAAGGACACACCUCUGGGAGCUGGGGGGAGCACCCACAGACAUGCUCUUGCCCUAUAGCAAGCAUCUGGGGCAGCUGAAGGAGGGGGCGGCGGUGGUGGAGUUGGUGGGGCUGUGUUGGGUUGCAGACCCCCUCACUCUGCUCCCAGCACCAGGCAAGGGUUAUCGUCGGACUCUUCUGCGGCUUAAAGGAAUUAUCCAAGAGCCAUUUAUUCGCCUUUCCGAUCUUAAAUGCAUCAGUCAAGUGCUGGUUUCAAAAGGGCAUUUCAUAGACUGCGAGCGAUAAGUCUGCAUUUGGAGAUUAUCAUAUUACCCAGAGUGGAAAUUUAAUCUCCUUUGGACAGAAGGAAGCAGGGAGAAGAAGCUCCCUACUGCCUCCCGGUGGUAGAAGAGGGGUACUGCUUGGGAUGGGGGAGGGGAAGUCAGAGGCCUUCGUUCAGUUAAUCAAUUAACUAAUUAAUAAAGACGCUGCUUCAGAUUUCAACAGGGAUCUGCUAGCAGCUUGCAAAUCCCAACAAAACGAAACCCCGCAUGAGAAAAUCAAGUUCCACAUUCAAAAUAAAAAAAGAACAAUCUUUGAUUGAUAAUCCACUUGCUUUAGCCCACUUGAUAGAGCAUGAGACUCUAUUUUAGAACACAUAUGUAUUUAUUAUCUAAGCCCCGAUAUCGUCAAUUCUUUCAAUAACCCGUUGCUUAUAUUUCAAAUCCUGCCUGUGACUUCAUGUAUGAAUAUUAGUUUGAUAGGUAACGGGAUGUGGGUGGUGCUGUGCUCUAAACCACUGAGCCUCUUGGGCUCAUUGAUCUGAAGGUCGGGGGUUCGAAUCCCUGUGAUGGUGGUGAGCUCCCGUUGCUCUGUCCCUGCUCCUGCCAACCUAGCAGUUCAAAAGCAUGCCAGUGCAAGUAGAUAAAUUGGUACCACUGUGGCGGGAAGGUAAACAGGAUUUCUGUGAACUCUGGUUUUCGUCACGGUGUCCCGUUGCGCAAGAAGCGGUUUAGUCCUGCUGGCCACAUGACCCAGAAAAGCUGUCUGGACAAACGCCGGCUCCCUCGGCCUGAAAGCGAGAUGAGCACUGCAACCCCAGAGUCAACUGCGACUAGACUUAACCAUCCAGGAGUCCUUUACCUUUACCUUUUAAUUUUGUGGUCUAAACUACUGAGCCUCUUGGGCUUGCCGAUCAGAAGGUCGGUGGUUCGAAUCCCCGCGACGGGGUGAGCUCCCAUUGCUCUGUCCCAGCUCCUGCUGACCCAGCAGUUCAAAAGCACACCAGUGCAAGUAGAUAAAUAGGUACUGCUGUGGUGGGAAGGUAAACGGCAUCUCCUUGCGCUCUGGUUUCAGUCACGGUGUCCCGUUGCGCCAGAAGCAGUUUAGUCCUGCUGGCCACACAACCCUGAAAGCUGUCUGUGGACAAACGCCGGCUCUCUCAGCCUGAAAGCGAGAUGAGCGCCGCAACCCCAUAGUCGCCUUUGACUGGACUUAACCGUCCAGGGGUCCUUUACCUUUUACCUAGUCCACCAAUGGUCACCAUUCUUCCUUAAACAAUUCAUCACAAUACCUUCUUCAUUUGACAGCCAGUUUUGCCUUUUCUGCAUAGUCGAGGUCUCAACGUCUCGAGAAGGACCACUGCCUCCUUCACCAGCUGCUCCCUUGCCCCUGGGAUGUGGGUUUCUCUUCAGGUAUCAAUCCCUCUUCUUCCGGCCACACAGGUGAAUCCCUUCCGGGACCGGAUCUGCAAGGUUUUCUCCACCGACGGCUACUUCACCUUUGAGGACAUCCUUGGGAUGGCGUCCGUCUUCAGCGACCGGGCGUGCCAGAGCAUUAAGAUGGAGUAUGCUUUUCUGAUAUACGGUAGGGUGUUUCCCUCCGAAUUCUCCUUGUGGCAACCAGGGUCCGAGGAAUGUGGUCAUCGCCUUGUGGGUGGGGUCAGGGCCGGAUUUAGGAUUUGAUGAGGCCCUAAGCUACUGAAGGCAAUGGGGCCUUUUAUACGUCCAGCUGUCCUUGGUAGCCACCAACUUGGCCACCACUCUAUGGGUCUCCUCCAUGGAGGAGGGUGGCUACUAGCCAGGAUAGCUAUUAGGGAUGGGUGAAAUAUCGAUAGAUUGUCCAAAACUGAAGUCCAUGUCGUGCAAUCAGUCUCAUGAUCUUUGACUCGGCAAUAUAUCAAAAAUCAUGGUUUAUGUUAGGGCUGGGCGAUAUAUUGCCCCAAAUUGGGUUGAAGUCCAUAUUGUGAUAUUGGUUUCAUAAUUGUCGACCUGGAGAAUCAAGAUUUGUGUAUGUGCAAAAAUUACAAUGCGGGGGAAACUGUGAAGCCAGCCCAUGCCUCUACCUGCCUCCAUCCUUAUGUCAGACAUUGCGAUGUAUCAGUACAUUGCAAUGUUUAUCUGGUGACUGUGGAGGUAACGCUCCGCUUUGUGAAGGCAAACCUCGCACCAGACAUGCAAUAGUAUGUCAAGGAGCAUUACACCUGCUUUUCCUGACCUUCUUGGCUAGAAAACAAUUUGUUUGUUAGACAUAAUGCUUGGGGGAACAUCUGAGGGAAACACCUGCUGAGACGUGUAUUUGCUAAUGCUGGAAAUGUGAUUAGAUGGAAAUACGUUAAGUUCAGGGUGGUUUCACUACUGUUUCCAAUUGUUGACUUCUGCUAAUAAAAGGAGCCUUGGCAGAGCUAGUCGGCAGCUUGCUUGGAGCAUGCUUGCUAGCGUGCUUCUGCACAGCUCACCUGCAUUCAAUUCAACCUCCCAUCGUCUCCAUUAUUCCUACAGGUGAUACAUCACAAUGUUGAAAGCCAGGUAUUGCCCUGCCCUAAUGGGCACCUGUUUUGCCCGCAAGGCCAGAGGUAGCAAUGCUUCUGAACCCCAGUUGCUGGAAACCCUAGGAGGGGAGAUGGCUGGCUUUGGGUGCAAAUCCUACUUGUGGGUUUCCCAUAACGGGCAUCUGGUCGGCCACUAUGAGAACAGGAUGCUGGACUAGGUGGGCCAUUGGCCUGAUCCAGCAGCCUCUUCUGAUGUUCCUACGUUGUGACCCAUUCCAUCCGUACAUUUUGCAACGCUUCCCUUGACCAGAUUUCAAUGACGACGGCUUUGUUGAUGAGGAAGACCUCCAGAAUGUCAUCCGCAGAUCGAUCAACAGGAACAACCUCAGCGAGGAAGAGAUUGCCUCUCUGGCCAACCACGUGCGUCUCGCCCCACUUCCCAGCAUGCCCUUCCUUUUACGAGAUCUCCAGAGACCUUGAGACAAGACGUUGGCCAUGGUGGGAUGUCCCGCAAUGGCCAAAGCAGGCCAAGGGGUGGUGGAGGACACCAAUCCCUAGCGCAGUACUAGAGCAGAGCAAGCUUGUUUCAACCUUCCUCAACCUGGUACCCUCCAGAUGUUUGGCACCACAACUCCCAUCAGCCUGAGUCAGCUGGGCUCCCUGUCUUCUCCCCCACCAGCGCCAGCCACCAUUGCACCCAACACCAUGGCCCCAGGGGCUGUUGGGAAUUGUAGUCCAUUUUGGACCAAGAAGAUGCAGGUGGUCCUUGAGUUGCUGAUUAAGAAGAUGGAGGCGCAGAACAAGAUGAAGGAGGCCAACUGGGAGAACUUUAGGCGUGGUCCUCGGCGCAUGAUUUCCAUGUGCUUUGAGAGCAGUGUUGGGAGGGAUGUUCCAACCUCAAGACUGGGAGGCUAUAUACCAUAUUUUUUGCUCUAUAGGACGCACCUUUUUGCCCUCCAAAAAUGAAGGGGAAAUGUGUGUGCGUCCUAUGGAGCGAAUGCAGGCUCCUUGCCUUCAGCGAUAGCAAUGCGAAGCCUCCGAAGCGCAGAGGGAGAGCUCCCCCGCGCUCUUUGCCUUCGCGUUGCUUUCGCUGAAGCUGCCUGAAGCCCCCGGAGCGCAGGGAACUCCCGCUGUGCUCUGGGGGCUUCAGGCAGCUAUCUGCAAGCCUUCGGAGCGCAGCAGGAGUUCCCACUGUGCUCCGAAGGCUUGCGGAUAGCUGCCUGAAGAGCGAGAGGGGUCGUGCACACCGAUCCCUCUUGCUCUCCAGGCUUCACUUCGCUGGAGAGGCGCUGCACAGUUUUCCCUCUCUGUGCAGCGCCCCUUCAGCAAAGCGGGAGGAGAAAUGGAAGGGGCUCCGUUUCUCCUGCCGUUUCGCUGAAGGGGCGCUGAGCAGAGAGGGGGAGAAUUUUUUUCCCCUGUUCUCCCCCUCCUAUGGUCCGGUGCGUCCUAAAGAGCGAAAAAUACGGUAUAUUCUCCUAUGAACUCACCCAGGCUCUGAGAUCUUACAUUUUUUUAAAAAAAUUGGAGGGCACCAAGUUGGGGACAGCUGACUUGCUCCAUCCUUUGGCUAGCAAACAAGAGAUGCUGAUCUCAUGUUCAGAGCCAGAUGGUUUGGGGUGUAGGUCUCUCACACAGGGCAUUCCUGUUGGUCGGGACACCUGUGUGAGGAAGGGGUGAGUGGUCUUCAAGGCAGACAUUUCUGUUCCAAGCAGGUUCUGGAGGAGGCCGACUUGGAUAACGACAAGAUGCUCUCCCUGGUGGAGUUUGAACACGCCAUGACCAAGUCUCCAGACUUCCUACAGUAAGAGCCCUCUCAAAAACUCACCUGAGCUAUCCAACCCUCGUCGCCACGGGCCCAGCUACAAAAUCCCCCUCCUGUACCUUAGUCCCCACCCCAAACUUUAAAAAACUGAGUAGGGCAAGCUUUCCAUGACAGUCACCCUUUCAGCUUGAUGAUGGCGGUGACAAUUUCCAGGGGACGGAGCUAUUACUCUCAUCCCCACUAUUCCUUGCCUAUUAUAAGGAUAUAAUAGAUUUAUUGCACACCCUUCCCUCGCAGCUCUUUUAGGCUCUACUUCUGAGGAAGGGGCGGCAAGAUGGCGGCACACGAUAUCCAGACGUCACACAAGCCAAGACGCAUAAAAGCAACUCUUCCAGAGGGACGCUUCCAUCACAGAUAUUUUUGUAGGGAAGGAACCCAGGCAGCAGAUCCGUCUGUAUAUUUUGCAAGAGAAUAAAAUUUGACUGUUGAGGAAAGGCAAA